UGGAAUAACAUCAACAGAGAUGACAUCAUUAUACCGAUUUGCAGGUGACGUUGUCUUUGACAAAUCAUCACCUGCACCAGGACAGAUCUGCAGUGUUCAGCUCAGAGAAUAUUCCGAAACCUGUAACUUCCUCCAGUACUUGUCACCACUCUCUCCAGAUAAGCCUUACUUCUUUGUGCAAGUGUCAAAUUUAGCGGAACAUAGCAGAAUGACGAUUGGCAUCGCUGGUCCAGAUAUAUCAGAAGAUGCCUCACCUGGCAGGUGGAAUAACUCUGUGGGUUGUCAUAGCGACACUGGGAGAUGUUUCACAUCACAUAAUGAUGUUGCCAACACAGAUGGGGAAGGUUUUGGAAUAGGUGAUGUGUUUGGAGUAUUGGUCACAUAUUUCGGAAGGAAUAUGUCCACUGUCAUCUUUUUGAAAAACAAUGUUCCGGUGGCUACCAGGUUUUUAUUUGAGUCCGACCACCAGCAUUACCUUCCAACUAUUUCCUUACAAAACGGACCCAUUGAGCUGGGAGUGAUGUGGCCCAAUGCUGUUGUAGGAAUUCCUCAGUACAGUGAAAAGAACAUGCUGCACUGGAUUGUGCCUGCUAGUGUGAGAUACAACACUAUAGAGAACGUCUUUGCCUACGAUGGAGGGGACGAUGCCGUCUGUGUUCAGAGCCCACGGCCACUCUCUGCUGAGUUUCAACACUUUGAGGUGAUCAUACAGAAAACGUCUCCCGAAGGUAAAGGCCCAGCAAUCAGUCUGGUGACUUGCAGCCCUCUGAAGCCAACACCCACGUGUGAAGUGAAUCGAGACUACAUUCGGUGGCAUCCCACGGGAGAGACUGAUGCUGUUAAAGCCAGCCUUGGGAUGCGAAUGGGAUGGGGAAUUGUGUACAACCCUGAUGUGAGGGACUGUGCGACCUUUGACCCAAAGGAGCAACAACUGGUGCUGUGUUAUGUCACUAUCAACAUGUGUGUCAGUUACACCAAGAUGAUGCUACAGCCGACCGGGGGAUUCUUUCCGCUCAUCGUCCUCGAUGAAGAUGCUUCUAGAGUGACUGUGGAUGUAGAAUCAAACUGCUGUCCCAAUGUCAGUGACGUCAUGGAUAACAACUUCCGACAAAAGCUUUCAGAAAUCUCCAAACUUAUUACUUCUGAUGUUCUUGCUAGAGAAAUAAAAGUGUCCAUGUUUAAUAAAUCCAAAAGUUUAGUUGUUGAUGUUCAGGACCAAUACACUCGAGUGAGGUUGCCAGCUGGAAUUAUGGGAUUACAUGCUAUACAGCUUCAGCGACCAAUCACAGAAGAGAGUUCAUGCUAUUUUGUGGAAGUCAGGAAACUCAAUGAAGACUCGGUGGUGGCAGUUGGGGUGGCAGGCAAAAAUCUUCCAAAUAACAAAUAUCCGGGUAAAUUUGACAAAUCAGUUGGCUGGGUGUCACGUGAUGGGAAACUCUACUACAAUGAGAGAACAGAUGGUAAUAUGGCUGGUGCAAGAGUAGGCGAAGGAGACAUUAUGACAGUAGAAGUAGAAGCCUUUGCCAAGGAUAUGUCCGUGGUUCUGUUUAGUAAGAAUCUCCUGCCAGUUGGAACUCGAUUUUUGACCCAGAAAGACAGGAGCCAGUUUCUACCCACAAUUGUUCUGUGUGGAAACGGCAAUGAAGUUGAGAUUGAUGUGUGCUGGCAGACACACAUAUUGAAACCACGCAAGUAUAAUGUGAUGAAUCCUGAACACUGGUGUUUGCCUGCGGGUUCAGUUGUAGAUAAAUCGACCAACAUUGUGUAUGUAAAACCUCACGAGGAUUCAGCCGUCGCCCUGCAGGCUCCAUACAGCCUUCACAGAGGCUACAACCAUUUUGAGAUAAAAAUAAUUGACGAGUUCAAUGACAGCUUCCCUCCCCCAGCUCUUGCUCUGUCCACAGCCAGUCCACUUGAUCCAGCACCCGUUUCAAACUUCAGACAAGAUUUUCUCAGAUUCUGGGCAACCGGCGAAGCGAAAGAUGCUAUAGAAGUGGGUGACCUCGUUGGCUGGGGGUUGCUGUAUCUGCAGGAGGGAGUCCACCACGAUGAGGAACAACUUGUCAUCUGCUACCUCACCGUCAACCGCAACGUCCUGCUCACCAGAGUCAUCUACCAGCCCCCGGGAGGAUUCUAUCCUCUGAUCAUCCUCCCACCAGAAGUGAAUCGUGUGAAGAUGGAAUUUGAUGCCACAGUGAUAAACUCUCAUCCAUUCUCGAAACAAGCUGUGGAAAUUCUUGUUACAGAAGCACAGCAGAUGAUUGCAGAAGAAAACAGAAUUUUAGCUGCAGGCGGUGACCUCAGCAAUUUGACCUUUGACACAGCUAAGUUAUUUCGUCCACUACCUGACAUACCUUCAGGGCAGCCCCAGGAACAAUACCAGGAGCCUAAACCGGGGGAGAAAAAUCCUCUCGACAGUCCAAGAAAAGAAGUGACAUCUUCAGGUGUGAAAAAGAAAGCAAAAGCUGGAAAAGCUUUGAAAAGAAAAUCUUCCAAAAAAUCUACUGCAAAAGGUAAUCAGGACACCUCGAAAAGUUGUACAAUACUUUGAAAUGACAAACAUGACAGCAGUAGACGGAUUCAUCAAGCAAGAUCAGUGAUGCUGCAUCCCACUGUUGUUUUGAGCAAUUAGGUCAUCAUGUUUUGAGCAAUUAGGUCAUGAUCUUUGUUAAUGGCCAAUCACUGAAAUGUUAUACCUCAUAAUUUGACGACAGACUUUUAAAAGUGCCUUUUAUUGAUAUAACUUAUAAAUAUAGGAAUACAGUAAUUACAACGAGAAAUUAAAGACUUUCUUUAACAAAAAGAUUGCCCACAUAUUCUUUCUGGGGUAUAUUUUUUUCUUGCAGUGGAAAAUAGUUGUGAAAAGAAAAUAACAAUUAAGGUAUACACAUUGUAGCUGUAUUGGUGUCAAUAUCACUUUUUCACUGAUAAUUACACCAAUAAUAAAUACAUGUAUAGUUAAAAAAAAUAUAAUAAGUUAUUGGAAUGUUGGUUAAAGAUAUUUUUUAUAAUUUUAUAAAAUCCAAGAGCAGUGCCUAAUUAUGUAAAUUGUUUGCUUAUAACUUGCAAGUAUUAGUAAUGGACUUAAGAUGUUAAAAAUUUUCUCAGUGUUAUUAGUCUUCAUUUGACUGAGCAAAUGAUGAAAAACAUGUUUGUUAUAUUACUUGCUUUUACUUGCCCAUCCUUAUCUGUUGUUUAUGAAACUUACAUUUUGUAACUUGAGUAUUCUUCAGUGAAGCCAGCAUAAAGCAUGAAAAUUGAUGAUAAAUAUUGUGUGUCUUACGUGCUAAUCUGUGAUACCAGUUUUGCCAAAGAUUUUCUUUACACUGUACAUCGUGGUCUGUAUGCAUAAUAAAACUAAAUCCAAAUAUCAUUCCAUAAUAUUUUAUCUAAAUUAAUGUUUCAUAGUAAUAGUGUUGUUUUUGCAUAACAAGACCUACUUUGUCUCAUUUCCAAGUACCACAUUCCACAACAUUUGAAUUAAUUUUGAUUUGGUGUAGACAUCAGUAUGUUUAACAAAUUUACAUUUUAUACAUACAAAUGUAACAUAUAUUACAAUUCUAUUAUCUACAGUAUAUUAUGUUUUAAAAUUGCAUUGUUAGCAUUUCCAAUGUAAUUUGGACACAGAUUCAUUCACCCCAGUUUAAAAUUAUCCCAGAUUUUCUUUACAAUCGUAUGUGUUAUAUCUGUUUGAAAAAAAAUCUAUUUGUCAACAUAAUAUAUUGAGAAAAUGUUAAUGUUUCAAAACAAUCGGAUACACAAAUUGUGCCAAAGGGAAAUGCAAUAUUUUUGUAUUCAUAAUAGUGAAAAUUAUGAUAUAAUGUAUGAUUUAACGUUAGCGAUAAACUAUAUGCUAAAUUAGUAUGUAAAUCAAUAUAGUCCAUAGUGUACGUUAAUUUUAGGUCAAUAAACUGGAAUUCUUUAAAUCGGCUUAAAAUGUGUUCCCCAAGAAUGGUUUGUAUAUUAUUCAAUGUUCAUUUAUGUUGUAGUUUUAUUUUAUCCGUCCAUUAUCUAUUUAUAAUUUAUCAAGCAUCAUGAUAUCUAUAACCGGCCUCAGUAGUGUGGUAAUUAAGCUUUAAGUCUUAAGGCUAGUUGGUGCUGGGUUCAAACCCCAGUACAAGCUCCAGUUCAGAGUUAGUUCAGUUGUAUCUCUUGCUAACCACUCAUAAAUAACCAUUAAACCACUGACUUGGACAUACAACCCAGAUAGCUACGGUGUGUGGCCAAGACAGUGUGCCUGAAUCUUAAUUGGAUAUAAGCACAAAAAUUAAUAUGUACUUUUAUUUUAUCCGUCCAAUGAACAUUCAUGUUAUACUCACUUUAAUUCCGUCCGGUAUUAUUAAUUUUUAUUUUGUUGCUAUAUUUUCUUGUGUAUUAAGUUAAAACUAGAGUGUGCAUUAUACAUUACAAAAGUGAUUAAGGGCAGAGGAGGAAUCUUUUUGAUUAUUAUGGCACUUUGCAGAUUGAUUAAAGUUGUUGAUAAUAUUCAUUUUGAUAAGAAGGUCACAACUACCUACGAGUGUAUAUACAUGUAGUUUGUUGUGUAAUUGGUGACACGUAGUUGUAAUGCUUGUGAAAAAAUAUAUGAAAACAUUUGUUACUCCCAGUGAAAAUGGGAGAAAGAACCCUCAUAGAUGUACAAAUAUUCACUUUCGUUUGAAUUUAUUAAUUUCAUUAAAUUGGAAAUGUUCAUCAAAACUAAUUAUCAAUGGAAUAUUUUAUUUUGGUAAAAUAUUUAAAGUGAACAUUACAGCAAAGUACAAAUGCACAUCAAAAUGAUCUGAUCAAAAAAUUUCUGAGGAUAUAAAAAAGUUGGGAAUGUCAAUAUACUGGAUAUUAAACAAAAUUAAAACAUUCUUAAGCUGUUUAUGCUUUCCUAAACUACCAUGUAUAUUUAAUUAUGUUGAAGUUUGGUCAGCCACAUACAUCUUUGUUUUGUCUGUGUUUGAGACAUUAUAUUCAUUUUAAAUAAACACACAGUUAUUUCUGUUUGUGAAUUUAGUUCUUUAUAUUCAUUUGGCAUCCAUUUGUUGAUUGUGGCAAAGACUGAAAAUGGUAAAUAUUUUUUGCUGUUUUAUGAUUUUAAAAAACAUAAUUGUGCUUUACAAAUUGGUACAUAUUUAGUUUUUAUAUUCAGUGAUGAAAACUGAUUAUACACUGAUAUGCAUAAUGCAUUUUAUAUAUAUGUUGCUAAGUUACUAAAGCAAAAAAAAAAAAGUUUUAUCUUUAUAAGUCUUUCUGUCAGUCUGAAUGUUAAUAAUUAUAAUCAUUAUAUGCUUUUAAAAUAAUGUCAAGCUUGUAAUAAUGUGCAUGUCAGUCUCGAGUUGUACACUAUCAUUUAGUACACACAUUUUUUUCUAACUGCUUAUUUUGAUCUCUCCACAGUAAUGUUGAAAGGCAAGAUAUAGGUGUUACUUUUCUGAUGGUGUUAACGUUUUUUGGUUAAUCUCAAUGUUAACUUUUUGUGUUUAGCUCUUUUUCUCAGUGUUAGAUCAGUAAAACUUUGCUGCAUCUAUGAACGUUUAUCUUAGUGCAUAUUAAAGAACAAAACCAAAAAACAAAUAUUGCUUAAAUUAAUGUUUUAAUAAUGAAUUUUACAUCAAUGUUUUUUUAAUGAAAACAUUUAUCAAGAUAGCUAAGAAUAUCUACAACUAAUAACCCAAAGGCUGAACAAUUUGGCAAGUAAAUUCUCAGGAUUGGUUGGCUGAUGUAAAGCAUUGUGCACCUUUGAUUAAUGACACAAAAUCAGUUUAUGGUAGGCAAGACCUUUCUUAUUAUUUUGUAUAUAAUAUCCACAUUUUGUUGCAUUAUAAUUUAUUCUUUUUUUAUAUAUUAUUUACACAGAUCACUAUUUAAGUGUGCAUUUAUGACCAUCAUGUUGUGAAUUUUUUUAUUUGUAAAUUAAAUUUUACCUUCUUUUCCUCCCACUAUUUUAUAAUACCAAAUGAAUUGCAUAUUACUUGUAAAAUAGCAAAUAGAAUUACUCUGUAAUAUUGGCACCAACGGCAGCACACAAUCCGAUAACAUUUGUUAAUUUAAUUUUAAAAAACACAAUUUUUUUAUUAAUUUGCAUUUUAAUAAUUUUUUAUUUAAUGGUUUUUUUCCCCCCAUUAUUCUAUUUAUUUUUCAGUAUUUCCUACAGUUCUGUACGUUACAGUUGUUUUUGUAUGUUACAGCUGUUUUUGUGUAAUACAGAAAUUGUUUUUCUAUGAAUGUGAUACGAAAAUAGUUUUUCUACAAAUGUGAUAUAUCUACAUGUUUAUAUUAAUGUGAUGCAUAUAUGUUUUCUAUUAAUAAAUAUGCUAUAUAC